AUGAGGAAGCUGACGUGCACCAACAAUAAGAGGCUUUCCAGCAGAAUCUCUAAUGACGAAACCAGCCUAACUACCACUGAUUUGAGCACCCCGGAAAACCCAGAAGCCGAAUUCUCCAAUACACAGACGCUGACCCAGAGCUUAAGGCCCUAUCUACUUGCGCUUUGGCUUCGGUCAUGUCGUAGUCUAAAGGAAGUGAGAAGAGUUCAUGCGCUUAUAUUGAGGUGUAUAUGUAAUCCUGUUACGUAUGUUUAUAAUAAUUUGAUGUGUGCGUAUCUGGGUUUUGGGGAGUUAGUGAAUGCACGCAAAGUGUUUGAUGAAAUGGCCGUGAGAAAUGUGGUUUCUUGGACUGCUAUUGUUAAUGGGUACUUGAACUUUGGGUUGGAUGAUGAAGCUUUGGGGUUGUUUAGUGAGGCUGUUGACGAGGGGAUUCAACCGAAUGGGAAUAUGUUUGUGUGCGUCUUGAAUUUGUGUUGUAAAAGGUUGGAUUAUGAGCUGGGGAGGCAAGUCCAUGCCGGGGUUGUGAAAGGUGGGUGGAGUAACAUGAUUGUUGACAGCACUAUUGUUAAGUUGUAUGCGCAAUGUGGAGAGUUUUCAAGUGCUUUCCGCGCGUUUGAUCAGAUGCCCAAAUUGGAUGUCAUUUGUUGGACAACUAUGAUAACUGCUUGUUCUCAACAAGGGCGUGGGAUGGAGGCUUUCUCGCUGUUCGCACAGAUGUUGAGUGACGGGUUUUCUCCGAAUGAGUUUACUGUGUGCGGUGUGCUCAAGGCUUGUGGUGAAGAGAAGGAGUUAAGGUUUGGGAGACAGUUACAUGGUGCCAUAGUCAAGAAGAUUUACAAGAGUGAUAUUUUUGUAGCCACUGCUCUUGUGGAUAUGUAUGCAAAGUGCGGGGAGAUUGAAGACUCGAGAUACGUGUUUGAUGGAAUGAGGAACAGAAACACAGUUACAUGGACAUCUAUUAUAGCAGGGUAUGCGAGGAAGGGUCUCAGCGAGGAAGCCAUAUGCCUCUUUCGGCUGAUGAAGAGGCGCAAUAUACAUGUCAACAACUUGACUAUUGUAAGCAUCCUCAGAGCUUGUGGAUUGAUUAGGUGUUCACCGAUAGGUAGGGAAGUUCACGCACAUAUAAUCAAGAACUCAGUUGAAACAAACUUAUAUCUAGGAAGUACUCUAGUCUGGUUCUACUGCAAGUGCGGUGAGUACUCUACUGCCACAAAGGUCCUCCAGCAAAUGCCUCUUAGGGAUGUUGUCUCGUGGACUGCCAUCAUUUCGGGUUGUGCACAUCUUGGACAUGAGUCUGAAGCUAUUGAGUUAUUGAAAGAAAUGAUGGAGGACGGGGUGGAACCCAAUGCAUUUACUUAUUCAUCUGCUCUGAAAGCAUGCGCUAACUUGGAAACUGUUCUGCAUGGUCAAUUGGUUCACUCCUCUGCAAAUAAAAGUCCGGCCAUGUCCAAUGUGUAUGUGGGGAGCGCUUUGAUUUACAUGUACGCAAAAUGUGGCUAUGUAACGGAGGCCUCUCAAGUUUUUGACAGCAUGCCGGAACGGAAUCUGGUCUCGUGGAAGGCUAUGAUAGUGGGUUAUGCAAGGAAUGGUCACUGUCAAGAGGCCUUGAAGCUCAUGUAUCGAAUGCAAGCAGAGGGUUUUGAGCUGGAUGAUUACAUUGUUGCUACGGUGCUCACUGCAUGUGGAGAUCUUGAGUGGGAUAUGGAUCCUUCAUUUGAGUGUAGCCUGCGGUCCAGGUUAUCUUUUUCCUGAUUACAAAAUUCAGAUUAAACUGCCUUGAUUACAUAUUUAUCCACUAUAAGCAGCAUACCUAUCAACUGAACGAGGAAAGAAAUGUUACAAUGAAGUAAUGGGAGAAACCCAGUCGUCAAGAUUGGAUUGCCACGAACUCCUCUCUGAUAGCGCCUGCUCUUUCGUUAUAUUUAGGAUGAGUUGGAGCCUUCAGCUUUACUGAGUUACUGAGUUGGGAAACACACAACACUGGAUGAGAACAAUUAGCAUGGUAGACUCUAUAGGCUGUGCUACUAGUGAAUACUGUUAGUGUAGCUAAUGUGAAACAGUGUACUUUAUAAGAGGCAGGAAGAUGUACCGUAGAACUUUCCACUCUGUGCAUAUUCAGGCAAUAUAACUUCA